UCCCGCGCAGGGCGAGCACGCAUCCGGCGCUACGGGAGGGAGCCUGCCUCCGCGCUUGUAUAUGGCAAAGUUUCUCGCCGAGCUCCUGGGCUGCACAUUGCCGAGCAAGGGCGCCUCUCCCAUGUUUGAGAAACUGGAUGUGGCCUUUUACUUCUUUUCAACAAAGUGUUCUCGGCAACCAUCCAAAAGUCACUCCCGAGUCGGCCUGAAGUCAAGCACGAAGCAAAAGACCACCAUUUUCAGCACAUUGGCCAGCGAAAAGUCCUUAUCUGACUGCAAAAAGGAACAGCAAUGGAAACUUUCGAUGUACAGCAGAAGCAUACCUCCAGUCUGCUUUACGAGCCCUCUGAUUGAGAAGCCGGUUGGCAAAGAACCCCCUGCUGUGACGUACAGGAAGGAUGCUUGUAAUGGAAGUGAGAGCAGAAACUCCAGGCAAUAUAGGAAACACCAAGUGAACCUAUACGCCUGAAAGGGGGUCCUGGUUAUUUGUGGUUCUGAGUAAUUUGGAAGGAAAGGUAUUUAACAGUAUCCACUUCCUCAAAUAAUAACUUCCUUACGUGGAGGUACUGCCUAAAAGGUACUAAGUGUAUAAGUCAAAAUUCCAAGGCAGAGCCUCCCUGAGGCAUUUUCUUAUAGGAGAAAUAAAUGU